ACAUGUGAUUCUGAAGAAACUGCUUAUAUCUGACAACUGUAGACGAGUAAAGAUUUAACUUUUGACAUCAUGAUUUCCAAGGAUACUACACUGAAGCCUCUCCCUCCAACAGUCAGGCUGGUCAUGUUUCUCAUUCUUAUACCAGCUCUGUGCAGUGCCAUUGAGGUGAACUGCUCUGAGCCAACCCAACCUGCCCUGCUGGAGGCUCUGACUCCAAUCUUUAACAUGAGCGCCAUACGACCAGUCGUAAACAUGACAACGCGCACCAAUGUCAGCACCUUCUUCACCUUGUAUGGGAUAUUAGGAGUGGAUGAAAAGUCUCAACUCUUAAUCACCUACCUUUGGCUAGAUUAUUGGUGGAAGAACGAGCUUGUCUUUUGGGACCCAAACCAGUGUGGCACCGACAAGAUUUCUCUUCCCAGAGACAAAUUUUGGGUGCCAGAUAUUGUAAUCAAUGAAUUUAUGGAUGAAAACACAGCCCCUCCUGUCCCGUAUGUGUACCUGUACAGCAAUGGGAUGGUGCAUGAUGCUCAACCAGUCAAAGUUGUCAGCUCCUGUAACCUUGAUAUCUACACCUUCCCCUUCGACAUACAGAACUGCACUUUCACUUUCAACUCCUACAUCCACUUGGCGAUGGACAUAAUGAUUUUCCUGGGAAAGUCUGCAGAAAACAUCACAAAGAAGUCUAAGAACGUGAUGACCACCAUGGGGGAGUGGGAGCUGCUGGAUAUCACGUCGCACAAAGACAAAUAUGGACAUGAUGAUGGUCAAUAUAUUGAUGAGCUUUCAUUUCAUAUCAGAGUGAGGCGCCGGGCAACCCUGUAUGUGGUGAACCUGCUGAUCCCCAGCUGUUUCCUCAUCACAGUGGACCUCUUCAGCUUCCUGCUGCCUCCCCAAACUGUGGACCGAUCCUCCUUUAAGAUGACCCUCAUUCUGGGAUACACAGUCUUCUUGCUCAUCAUGAACGACCUGCUGCCUAUCACUGGAAACACCAUACCUCUCAUAAAUGUGUUCUUCUCUCUCUGCCUGGCUCUUAUGGUGACCAGUCUACUGGAGACUAUCUUCAUCACUAAUCUGCUGAGCGGCUCUGCUGACUUCUCUCCCCUCCCUCGCUGGGUCCGAGUGUUUGUUCUGCAAUUCCUGGGCUGUCUUGUUUGCCUGCCUCAGAAGACUAAAGAGCCAAAGGGUUCAGACAUAAAAUUCAGCACUGCAAUGGCACAGCGAAAAGCUGACGAGGGGCCUCCGGGGGAGAUGAUGCUGGUGGCUGAGGGCAAGGCCGUUCAGGAGCUGAGGAGCCUGGGCAGGGACCUCCAGGCCAUCCGCCUUCAGGUGGAGCAGCAGCUGUGUGGAAGCAAGAGCUCAAAGGAGUGGAUCCAGUGCUGCCUGCUGAAAGUCAAGCCUUCUAAGGUUCUAUUCAUCUUCAUCUCUGUGCUAAUGUAUGCGUCAUGCAGUUCCAUCAUGCUGAACUGCUCUCAACCUGACCCACCUUCUUUGCUGGAUGCUCUCAGGCCGGUCUUCACCCUAAGCUCCAUUCGACCUGUCAUGAAUAUGUCAACCCCCACCAACGUCAGCAUUGACUUCAUCCUGUUUGGCAUUCUGGGGGUGGAUGAAAAGGCCCAACUCCUGACAACGUAUAUCUGGCAAAAAUUAGAAUGGAGAAAUGACUUUAUUGGGUGGGACCCAGACCAGUGCGGUUCGUCAAGGAUAACAAUCCCAAGGAAACUGCUCUGGGUACCAGAUGUGGUCAUCAAUGAAUUUAUGGAGAAAAAUUCCGCUCCAUUUGUUCCAUACAGUUAUGUGUAUUCUGAUGGCUUGGUGCAAGAUGAACAGCCUGUCAAAGUGGUCAGCUCCUGCAGGCUCGACAUCUACACAUUUCCAUUCGACGUCCAGAACUGCAGUUUAAGCUUCAACUCCUACUUACACCGUAUGGCUGCUAUGCAGAUUUUCCCAACAAUACCUGUAGAGGAGAUAUUAAAAUUCUCUCAAGAAGUGAUGGCAACUAUGGGUGAGUGGGAACUAAUUGGACUCUCAGUGAAGAAAUUACAACUACCAGCUUCGGAUGGAGAACCUUACGAAGAGCUUCGCUUCUUUGUCACAGUGAGGCGCCGGGCGACCCUGUAUGUGGUGAACCUCCUGAUCCCGAGCUGUUUCCUCAUCACAGUGGACCUCUUGAGCUUCCUGCUGCCUCCCAAGAGCAUUGACCGCUCCUUGUUCAAGAUGACCCUGAUCCUGGGCUACACAGUCUUCCUGCUCAUCAUGAACGACCUGCUGCCUAUCACUGGAGAAACCAUACCUCUCAUGAAUGUGUUCCUGUCUCUGUGUCUGGGUAUGAUGGUGGCUAGUCUUCUGGAGACUAUCCUCAUUACCAACCUGCUGUGUGGCUCCGCUCACUACCCUCCAAUCCCCCGCUGGGUCAGACUGUUUGUUCUUCACUUCUUGGGCCGCCUGGUAGGGCUUCCUCAAAAGCCCAGAGAUCUGGAGGACACGGUCUUUCAAAAUCCUGCUGCACAAGAUAUCAAAGUGUCCUUUCUGGUGGCAGAGGACAACCAGGCUCCAGGACCGAAGGGACCACUGGAUGAAGACAAGGCCCUGCAGGAGCUGAGGAGCCUGGGCAAAGACCUCCAGGCCCUCCACAAUCAGCUGAAGAAGCAGACGAGUGGAAGCCAGAGCUCGGAGGAGUGGAUCCAGGUGGGUUUCAUCAUAGACCGCCUGCUGUUCGGCUUCUACAUGCUCUUUAUAACAGUCAGCUUCAUUACCAUCAUCGUUGUCUGGGUGAACUCAUACAACAUAUCCUGAUUUUGCUUUUGAGUUUGUUUUUUCAUAUUUUGGGGGAUUUUGUGGAUUAUUAUUUGUUAACUUACUUUGUCUUAUUCAUUGUCAGUUAUAACUAAGUCCAGAGAAAACUUUAAAGGUUGAUUUAGCUUUUGUAUUUGGAAGUAGUUUGACACCCCUUACACAAUUAGUUUUUAUGUUUUAAAGGUCCAGUGUGUGACAUUUAGGAGGAACUAUUGUCAGAAACGUAAUAUAAUAGUCAUAGAUAGGUUUUCUUUAGUGUAUAAUCCCCUGAAAAUAAGAAAAAUAAGAGUUGCGUUUUUGUUACAUUAGUCUGCCAUGUUGAACCACCCAGUACGGACAAAUCUCAACACUGUAACACCCGUUUUUCCACGACAUUCGCUUCCAUAGCUUCUCCUACACGUGGAAAGCAAGAGGUUUUCAGUUGGUUGCAAUCUGUAACGUCACUGUUAGAUGCCACUAAUUCCUACACACCGGUCCUUCACAUUUUGUUUCCAUACUGAACUAUUCCAAGUAAAAACAUUGCUUUGUGUGGCUACAACCCAUAUGAUUUGUGAUGUAUGUGUUAUAAUAAUAUAUGGUAGGCAGUAAUAUUGUCGACUAAAACAUUUAACAACUGCUGAUUAUACUGUAUAAUUAUACACAGGAGUGGAUAUCAUCCAUCACCAUUAUGUUUCAACCUGCAUACAUUAAAGUUUUCUAAUACAGUUUUCUAUGGCUUUUACUUGACCCUCAUGUAUUGUGUGUGAUGCAAAUGUGAGUACACAUUAAGGCUCAAUGUAUGCUGUUUAAAAUAUUUGUUCAGGACUUGCAAACUGACAAAAUUAUUAGACCUAACAAAUGAAAUCAACUCCUGAGAUAAAGUUUAAAAAAACAGUAUCAUUAGCCUCUGCUGGAUCAAACCACCAAUCUUCCAGUUUGUGGACAACCUGCUCUACCAGAGUCACAACCACCUUACCGUAAAUACUGUACAUUGACGGUUGAUCACUGAAUCACAGGUAUAGAAAACAGCAUAAAACAAAAAAUAAGCACAUGGUUCAACAGCACAGCACUUAAUAAAUGGAACAGAACUCCCAUAGGUCAAAGUGUUGAAAAAUAAAAUGGAUGAAUGGUUACCGGAGGUGUGGAAUAACAAGUUGCCUUAUGUGUGUUUAUGAUCCAUCUG